GGUUUGUAUACAUGAACCAGUAUGGCGCGACUUCGAUAACCGAUCAUUUCUGAUUUCAUCCUCCGUCGACCCUUAGCAUUGCACGAGAAAACCCUAGUUUUCUACGAUGGUGAACUGGAGGAUUAGGCAAGAAUGGGAGGAAUACAAUCUCCAAAGCUCAUACGCUGACAAUCCAUGUAUGUUCUCGAUACGAUUGAACUAUGGUGGAGUUUUUACGAAGUUUCCAGGCCGCAAAUACAUAAAGGGGAAGAUGAAAUAUAUUGAUGGCAUUGAUAGUGACUUGUUCUCGGUGCAUGAUAUGGACGAGAUAAUGGAAUUGCUUGUUGUGUGGAACCAGGUGAUAGAAGUGUAUACAGAGUUUUGGGAAACCAAGCUCCAUACGUAUCAAAUGUCCCCAAACCCUGCAAAGAUAAAGAUACACGAAAUUCCUGAGUCCCUUUGUCGUAAAAGCUUGUUAUUGACAUGGUCAAAUUCAGGGGAUUGUCCUAGUGAAGAAGCCCCUGUUUUUGAGAAUGUAGAAACUAUGGACGAACCCCCUAGUACAUUACUUGAAACAACCUUGGAACAACCCCUUGUUACAUUGAGUGAAACAGUUGAGUCAACCCCUGCCUAUAUACCAAGAAUUGAAAGCCCUUUGACUGAACCAAUGAUAGGAAGCACAUGUCCUAAUGUUGAUGGUUGGGAUGAUACAUUUGAAUGGUGUGAACCUUUUGGUGGGACUCCUAUGGAACAAGAUGAACCAAAUAGUGAAAAAGCAGGUGAAGACAGUCAAGCUAGUAAAGACAGUCAUGAUAGUGAUGACACUGAAGAUAGUGAAUACAGUCAAGAUAGCGAUUACAUAGUUGAUGAAGAUAAUUUGUUAGAUGAUCCAGAGGUUGAUAUGAAGAACUUUCACCUCAACAUUGACAAAGAGGUGGAGUGGGUUGGAAGUUUUCCUGAUGAUCGAGAUGAAGCAGUAGAAGGUGAUGAAGAAUUAGAGGUUAUAAACACUGAAGAAUUUGUAUCUGCAUCUUCAUCAGAUGAGGGUGAAGCUAGUAAAAAAAGGAAGAAGAUAAGAGAUUUACGAAGAGCACAUAAGAAUGAAGCAGCUGCUGUCAAAGAUCCAUUUUACAUCCACCAGACUUUUAGCACAGCCAAGGAAGUUAAACAACAAAUUUAUCUUCAUUCCAUACAGAGUAGAAGGGAGUUAGACUUCGUCAAGAAUGACAAAAAUAGGAUUAGAGUGGUUUGCAAAGGGACAAUACCAAACCUUGGGAUAUUAGAAACAGGUGGGACCAGCAAAAGUAAUGACAAAGUGGGACCAAGUCAAAAGAAAAAGAAAGUGAAAGAUGGUUCUAUUCAUAAAUGCCCAUGGGUCCUACUAGUGAGUAAGUGGAAAAAAGACAUUAACUGGACUGUUAAGACCUAUGAAAAGCAACAUACGUGCCUUCAAACAAGGAAAAUUAGGGCAUGUAACUACAAGUUUCUCUCUGAACAGAUUGUUGACACAGUGGAGGCAAACCCAGAAAUACCACUUAGAGCAUUACGUGAGAUGCUUGAGAAGAAAUACCAACUUGGAUUGUCAGACAUGAAAGUUCAUAGGGCGAAAACGAAAGCCCUGGAAUCAAUUAGGGGAGAUUUUGCUGCUCAGUACUCAUGUCUAAGAGACUACUUACAGGAGGUGCAGAGUAGAAAUCCAAACACCACAGUCAAACUUCAAGUGCAAAGUGAACCAUGUUAUGCAUCUGAGACCAGGGUAUUUGAACGAGUAUACAUUUGUCUUGGUCCACUGAAAAGUGGAUUUGCAGCAGGGAAAAGAGAUUUACUAGGGCUUGAUGGUGCAUUCAUGAAGGGUCCAUACCAUGGUAUGAUCCUGACAGCAGUGGGUUUAGAUGGGAACAAUUGCACAUACCCUUUGGCAUAUGCAGUUGUUGAAGCAGAGAACUUUAAUUCAUGGACCUGACCAAAAAAAAAGAGAAGAAGAUCUGCAACAGAAGAUGAUGGAGUGUCCACAAAAUGGAAAUCUGUAACAUGCACAAAAUGUGGAAAUGUGGGCCAUAAUGGAAGGACCUGCAAGGGACAAUCACAGACUGGGAAUGGAACAGGAGAAGGUGCAGCAGGGAAUACAACAGGAGAAGGUGCAGCAGGUAGCAGUGGUGGUGUACAAAAUGGAGUUGGGAACAAAGGAAAAAGCCCCAUGCUUUGA